AGUUCUUGAGCAACGACUCUUGUUGUUUGGCGACUACCUACUGCUGAUAAAAAAAAGACGCAUUUGUUUCUGCUGCGAGAGUUUCAAAAUCCAGUCACUCAAGUGCUCCAGCGACGAAAUCAAGUGUCUCGCAGCGUUUCUGUUGGUGCGUGUUUUGUUUUUGCUUUCCUAGAAUUGAGUUUGUAAUUUUAUGUCUUAAGUGCCUUAACGAACCAUGCUCACUAAACUGACUUUAGAGCAAUUGAAUGCGCUAUCUCCAAGCAAGUUCCACGAUGUUUUCAAGAACGUGGUAGAGUCUUGGCCAGAGGCAGCAAUUUUUUGCUCGGCUGUGCUGCCAUUCAAGAGCAUCGAUUCGCUGUGUGAUACCUUCGAUCGCUAUCUGGACAAGCUGCAGGAUGAAACCAAAUGUCGAAUCAUGCGGCAGUAUCCGGAUUUGGCUGGUAAACUGCUGGAUAGCCACGAACUGACUAGUGAUUCAAGCUUCGAGCAUUCGUGCGCAGGGUUGGAUAGAUUGUCAGACGAACGAAAGCAACGGCUAAACGAUUUGAAUGAAAGGUAUAAAGCAAAAUUCGGGUUUCCUUUUGUGAUAUGCGUGCGUGAAGCUGGUAAAUUUGAAAUUAUCUUCAAAGCCGUUACGGAAAGGAUAAACCACGAUCCCGACAAAGAGCUACUGACUGGGAUAGAGGAAGUGAAGAAAAUCUGCAGAUUGCGUAUUUUGCAGCUGGUGCAGAAAUAAAAUUCGAAUUUUG